AGUGGGAUGCGUGCUGCGGACCGCCCAGCGAUCUCUUACACCAGUGCAGCCAGGGUUUGCACCGUGCCAGCUGUGCCCGGGCAGCUGCUGCGGUAGGGGCAGGCAUCCAACCCUGCUCUCCCUGGCAAACCUCCCAUCGAUGGCAGCGUGUGAAGGAUCAGGAUAUCGGGCGGUUGCUAAAGUGCACGAUCAAUUGGAAGUUGGCAUCCCGACAGGCAUGGGAGCCUGCCUCCAUCGAACCCAGCCUGGCUUGGAGCGACCUGGUUUCUGUGCGUGCUGAGGCUGGGGUGGGGGUCCCAGGAAAACCACAGCUCUAGGUGUGAAGGGGGCUCAGGGAACUAUUUUUCCUGUCUGUGAGAAGACUUUGGGAUGUGCAGGCCCAGGCUGCAGCCUGCGGUCCUGGGAAUGAGAUGUAAUGAGCUCCUGGCAGGGUGAGACGUGACUGUUGGAGAGGGACUGAAAGAGUCCAGACCUGUUUGCAUGGCAUACGGCGAGAUCCUUUCCCAGGGAUUUCCUUCUAUUACUUCUUAUCUAUAUGAAAGUAGCACCUGGAAACCCCUGCUGAGAUCAGAGGCCCGUAGCAUUGGUUGCUCUUCACACCACCGGGAGCAGGCCGUGUCCCGAAGAGCCGAACAUCUGGAGAGGCACCGGUUGUGUUGUCCUGCCCACCAUAGAUGCAAGGGGCAAGAAGACUUGCCCAAGGUUGCACGGGAAGCUUGUGGCAGAGCCAGGAACCGGCCCCAGAUCUCCUGUGACUCCGCCAGCCCUUGUGCAAGCCCUUGUGUAAAGUUUUCAGGAGGGCCGAAGGGCCAGAUCCGGAGAGGCAGUUACAGCGGCAACGCCGAGCAUUCAACGCCUAAAAUUUAGGAGCUUGGUUCUGGGCGUGGAGCCCACAAAGCCUGGGGAGGCACCUACCUCCUCUGCACUUUAAAUAGAGAGACAGAGUCACCUGGGCCCUCGACCCACCGAGCCCCUGCUUUACAGUGGGGUAAGAGGCACCACUGGCGCUGCUGGAAACCUGGAGCAAUGUCGUGGAAAGCAAUGGCUUGAUUCAGGAUUAUGCUUCAGAUGCCGGGGGGGCAGGACCCGGUCGAAUGAAGCUGCAUCAGACUGAGGGAGAUGCACCUCUGGCCUGUAUGGUGCAGGCUGGUCUGAAAAGGGCUUUAUCCUCUGGAUGCCUGCUGCUCGCUGCACCCUUUUAAGGUUGAGUUUGGAGAGGUGAAAGACAGGGUGCAGCAAGGAGGCUGCCGAUCCAUUAGGCAGGCCGAGCUAGUGGCAGCAGGCUGCAGAAGCCACAAAUGUGUCUGAAAGGAAAGCCAGAGACCAUGAGAUGUGAAACCUCCCCUCCCCUUGUCCCCUCUCCAAUAGCUAAUGACUGGAGCCCAGGUCCCCUACGCCAGGUCCCGGCAGAAAUCGGAGACGAUGGCGUCGUGCUGGUGGACCCAGAGUACCUGAAGGAAAGGAAAGUCUUUGUGACGCUGACCUGUGCCUUCCGCUAUGGCCGGGAGGACCUGGACGUGCUGGGACUGACCUUCCGCAAGGACCUUUUCGUGGCCAACAUCCAGGCCUUCCCCCCGAUCCCGGAGGAGAAGAAGCCCCUGACGCGCCUGCAGGAGAGGCUGAUUAAGAAGCUGGGCGAGCAUGCCUACCCCUUCACCUUCGAGAUCCCUCCCAACCUGCCUUGUUCUGUCACCCUGCAGCCCGGGCCGGAGGACACGGGGAAGGCCUGCGGCGUUGACUACGAGGUCAAAGCGUUUUGUGCGGAGAACCUGGAGGAGAAGAUCCACAAGAGGAACUCUGUGCGCCUGGUGAUCCGCAAGGUCCAGUACGCGCCGGAGAGGCCGGGCCCCCAGCCCAUGGCGGAGACCACCAGGCAGUUCCUCAUGUCCGACAAGCCGCUGCAUCUGGAGGCAUCUCUGGACAAAGAGAUUUACUACCAUGGGGAGCCCAUCAAUGUCAAUGUCCACGUGACAAACAACACCAACAAGACCGUGAAGAAGAUUAAGAUCUCAGUGCGCCAGUACGCAGAUAUCUGCCUGUUUAACACCGCUCAGUACAAGUGCCCGGUCGCGGUGGAGGAAGCAGAUGACAUGGUGGCUCAGAGUUCAACCUUCUGCAAAGUCUACACCCUGACCCCGUUCCUCGCCAACAACCGGGAGAAGCGCGGCCUCGCCCUGGACGGGAAGCUGAAGCAUGAAGACACCAAUCUGGCGUCCAGCACCCUACUAAGAGAUGGAGCCAACAAGGAGAUCCUGGGAAUUAUUGUCUCCUAUAAAGUGAAAGUGAAGCUGGUGGUAUCCCGGGGAGGCCUGCUGGGAGACCUUGCAUCCAGCGACGUGGCGGUGGAGCUGCCUUUCACACUGAUGCAUCCGAAACCCAAGGAAGAGCCUUUGCACAGAGAGGUUCCAGAGAACGAAGCUCCCAUAGAUACAAAUCUCAUAGAGCUUGAUACAAAUGACGACGACAUCGUGUUCGAAGACUUCGCCCGGCAGAGACUGAAAGGCAUGAAGGAUGACAAGGAGGAGGACGAGGAGGGGACGAACUCGCCCCAGCUGAACGACAGAUAAACAGGCGUCUCCUCCAGGUGCCGCGCGGUUGUUCCCGUAACGCCUGUGCAUUGGGCUUCUUCUCUUUUGUAUGAUUUUUGGUUUUUUUUCUACAUUUACCGGGAGCCUCUGGGUUGUGACAGCACUUCCCCCUUCCAGCUGUGCCAUAGCUAUCACCUGCAUCUCGCUACCUAGGCUGAAGUCUCGUCAGCUGCCUCUGCGGCGCCGAGGGCUGGAUCCUGAGGGGCGCUUGAGCCCGUGCUCCGCGCCCCUCAGGACGGGGCUCCCUCCAGCUCCCGGCCCGCGGGGCGACCGCAGAGCAGCCGGGCUCAGCCCUUUUGUAUGACCUGCAUCUUUUCUGCGUUUGUAGAGUCGGGGGGAUGCCCAUCUUUGUGAUGAGGGAGGAGGGGAUGUCGUGAGCGAUGGGGAAGACGUGGGUCGGAGCCCCCCCCGUGCAGCCGGCAGGGCUGGGCUCAGCAAGUCCCUGCUAACAGCCGGACGGGCUCUUAGCACAGACCCCCGGCCCGCAGCAGGUCACCUGGCAACCCCAAUUCUUCAGCCAGAUGUUUCCCCUCUGGUCUCGGGUGAGGAGGAGCAGGACAGCGUUGCCCGCUGUGCAAGGGAGAGCAGACACAGGUGCAUUAGGAGCGCUGGUUCUCAGGCCAGAGGCCAUGAGGCUGCUACUCCAUCAGCGGCGUGGCUGAUUUUCCAGGUGGUCUCCCCCAAACGCUGAGCUCUGAGAUGACAUGCUCCCACCUGCUUCUCCAUCAUGAGACCAUCUCCUUAAGUGGCUUGCAGGUGUAACCCAGGCCUCAUCCCUCACCACGGCAUCUGCCGUGGAGCCCUGCCAGCAAGGAGCCCCUUAGUGUUAGGGGUAAGUUGCGGGGUGCAGAGAGGCAGACUGGAGCAAACGUGGGUGCUGGAGAGGAAUGGCUCGACUCAGCCACGGGAAACCCGCCCUGCGGUCCCACCUCGUGAUGCUCUUAGCCCUUAGCAGCCUGGAUGGUCUCACGUCCCGCAGAGAGGAGAACAUCUCUGCGGGUCCGGCCUCUCUCCAGUGCUCACCAUCACUCGCGAUGUCGAGCCAAAUCUGCCCCAGUGCAAAGCCACUUAUGGCAGGGCUGCUGCUCCCUGCUCCUUUUGCCCCGGGGAUAUCCGUGGCUUGGGGGCAGGCAGGAAGCUGCUGCAUGGGGUGGAGGGCUGGGUGGUGACUGACAUGGGGCAGUGCAGUGAAGCAGCCCCAUGACUGUCAACCCCACCCCGUGGCCAUUAGCUGAGCAGCCACGUACCACCCUGGGCUGCCUCUGAUGCCCCUGAGACGGGGUUAUGGCGUGUUUUUACCAGGAGGGCUCUGCACGAGGCAUCGGGCUGCUCUCCCAGGGGGCUGAGAGGCAUCGGCUCAUGCAGCAUUUCCCAUGCCGAGGGAAGGGCUUUGGAAAGAGGGUUGGGACCAGUCGGGCGCUGGGUGGGGCUUCCCCAGAGUGUCUCCUGCUUCCCUGCAGCUUUGCUUGAAGGAGGGCAAGAUCUCCAUGAGCCUUGUAGGAGCAGGACUGGGCCCCUAGGGCAGGUCAGCUCUUCUGCAGGCCUCUCUGCAUCGUUGCUUAGUGGAGCAGGCUGCAUCCCAAGGCCAGUAUCUGGUGCACAGGACAAGGAGCAAUGGGCUCAAGUUGCAGCAGGGGAAGUUGAGGUUGGAUAUUAGGAAAAACUUUCUCACCAGGAGGGUGGUGAAAGGUUGGAACAGGUUACCCAGAAAGGCGCUGGACUCUCCAUCCUUGGGGGGUUUUAAGGCCCAGCUAGACAAAGCUUUGGCUGGGAUGAUGCAGUCGGGGCUGGUCCUGCUUGGAGCAGGGGGUUGUACUAGAUGUGAUCUCCUGAGGUCCCUUCCCACCCUCAUUUAUAUAAUCCUACGUGGUGUAGGCUCCAAGCUGAGCAGAUCCUAUGCCUCUGAUCUGAAGGACACUGGGCUGGAAGGUCCUUGGGUCUGACUUGGUCUGGGGCAUCUUAUGCUGCCAAGGGACCCGUGCAACGGGGGGUGAGAAGCAGAGCUGGGGAGCCCACGGGGACUGUGUCACUUUGGAUGUGAAGAGCACAUGGACGGCUCCACGCUGGGCUGAACUCCCGACACUGGGAAUUGCUGGGCACCCAGAAGCACCAACCUGCCAGGAGCCUUUUUGAGACCUCUCUGCAUUGGGUCUGACAUGAAACCAGCAAGGCAAGAGGCUCAGGAAAAACGCAGCCUUUGUGGAGUCCUGCAAAAGGUGUAACUUGGCAUCAGAUCUGAAUAGGAGCACAAGGAGGUUGGGUUUUAAGUGGCUCAGCUGGGGUGCGAGCCAUGGAGCGGAUGCUGUGCUCAUUUGAGGUCGAAUGCAGUGUAAACCCCCUGCGUUACUCCCCAAUGACGCCCACGUAUGUAAGAGCAGGAGGGGAGCUGGCCUAAAACCAAGCUGCUAGACUGGGAAAGCAAAGGUUAGCUUUCAUGUAGACGGGCGUCCAUCCGGAGUGACUCCAUCAAGAAAAGCGGAUGCAAAUGGGGCGGGAGGGGAAACAGCGCUCCGGGGGAGCAAUGCCGUACCCGGCAGCCUUGUGCGGUAGCUUAAUAGCAACAUCUUCAGGCUGGGGAGAGCCAAGCAAAGGGCUGGUACAUAGCAAACUGCAGCGGCACUCCCCAUGUCCCCGCUGCCUGGGGGAAGUCACUGGCAGGUUAGGCAGGGCACGCGGUGCCGGGUGGAGGCAGCGGUGUGUGCAAAGCAAGUGGAAAGGCGGUGGUGUUGGCCUGGGGAGUGCUUGGGAGAAGCUGGGAGCCCGCUGGGCCCGAUGUUGGAAUUACACCAGGGAUGAAUGUGACCAGGUGAGCAUCCCUUAGGGCCUGAUCCUGUGAAACCCCUGAAUAAAAAGACUCUUGUUGACGUCUACAGCCUCCAAAUCGGGCCCUUAGCUGUGCGCAACAGCACAGGGGGGCUUGGGGACCGGCGUCUGCAAAUGCAAGUGGCUGACGGGCCCCGAUCCCAGGUGCUCUUACAGCCACGUGCGCUUGCAGCCGGGCUGUGGGGCCGGUCCCGGCCCAGGGCUCAGCAAUUCCUUGAGGAAUGGCAUUAGGUGAGAGUCGUGAUGGUCCAUCCUCUGGGAUGGGCACCGAGUUCACAGCACUGGGAGCUGGAGAGGCCCUUCAGGCACCCACCGCAACCAUCCCCGAGCCGGCCACGACCUCACCGAGGCCUUGUUCUCCUAAAAAACCCUUUUCCCUUGAAUUAUUCAGCCGUUGCAUCUGGCGUGAAGGCACCGCGAAGACCCAUCUGUACAUACCCAUCACGGGGAAGCCAGUGCGAGACAGAGAGAAAACCAGCCUUUGCUAUUUUUAGGUGACCUACUCGGGCAAUGUGGUACUUUUUGUAAAGUGGUUACUUUGUACUGUUCAUUGAUACUUGCUUCGUUGGGUCCCCUCCUGUAUCCGUGACCGUCCCGUGUUCUGUCAAAUAAAUUAUUCUAGUUUAUUAAACUUGGACGAGAAACCACA